AUGCAGCAAAUUUUCUAUCAUUUAUUAGUUGUUAGUUCCUAUUUCCUACUCGGCACUGAUUCCAGCGCAUUGGCAUCAUCAAUGGAUUCCACAGUUAUUUUGGCCCAAGCCAUGUUGAAAAUUCUAAAAGAGUCGGAUAUGUGUGAUCAAAGUAAGACCUUGUUCAUCUACACUCAGAUUAGUGAGCCGCGUUGGCAUAGACAUAUGAUGGAUAUAACGACGCAAUUGUUAUCUGAUCUAUCGGAGCCAAGGCAACUCUAUUUUCAAUAUCCAAUAGAGUACAAGCCAUAUAGACAUGCUAUGAUCUUGUUAGUUGACGAUCUUGAAGCUUUAAGAUUCAUCUGUGGCAGACUAAAAGCCACCAGCGAUCUUUCGCAUACAAUUAUCUAUAUGUCAGAGAUCUGGCAACCCUAUGCUUCAGAGGUACAGUCAGCACUUGAUAUGCUUUGGCAUCUGAGUGUGCUUAAUGUGGGCUUGAUCCUUCGAACAAUGCAAAAUAAUAAUAAUAUUGUUAUGGUCACCUACUAUCCCUUUAGUGCAGUCCAUGGCUGUCAGGUGAUAGUUCCAACUAUUGUGAACCGUUAUCAGACGAAUGCUGGCAAUUGGGCAAGCAGGGAAUAUUUUCCAGCGAAAUUGCGUAACUUCUAUGGCUGCACUUUGACAUGUGCCACCUGGGAAGAUAUGCCAUAUUUGGUUUAUCGACAACAUUCCGACGAUGAUGUUGGUGAUGGUAGCAACUUCAUUGGCAUCGAGGGAGCUCUAUUGGAAUUUCUGGCGGAAAAUUUAAACUUCACUGUCGGCCUUUACUGGAUGAAUAAGGAAGAGGUUUUGGCCACGUUCAAUGAAACGGGUUGGAUAUUCGAAGAUAUAUUUCAUAAACAUGCUGAUUUCUCUUUGGGAGGUUUUCAUUUUAAGCCCAGUUCUGGUAAUGCUCCAGUUCCUUAUUCCCAAUCCUCGUACUAUUUCAUGAGUCACAUAAUGUUGGUCACCAAUCUACAGAGCGCCUACUCGGCGUAUGAGAAAUUAGCAUUCCCAUUUCAUCCUCGCGUUUGGCUAGCCAUUGGAGUGGUUAUCGUGUCGAUCUGCGUACUUAUUCGAAUGGCCCAGCAUCUUUUGCAUCCCAUUCUGCCGGACAUCAAUUACUACUAUCAACUUGUGGUCAUUUCAUUGGGUGGCAAUCUACUGGUCUGCCAUCUACCUCGUGGCAGUCUGGCACGUUGGCUACUUUUAAUUUGGUUAUUCACUUCACUUAUAUUACGCAGCGCCUAUCAGUCGGGCAUGUAUCAAAUGCUACGCAAAGAUACCCAACGCAAUCCCCCCCAGACCAUAGCCGAGGUGAUAAAUAAUGGCUACACCAUUCGAUUGGCCGAGACGAAUGCUCAGCGUAUACUUGCAAGUUUACCCGAAUUGCGACCACAACAAUUGCGCUAUUUGAAUGGCAGCGAACUGCAAUGGUUUCCAGCCCUCGCCCGUAGUGGCGGCAAUUCAUCCCGCCUUAUGGCCAUUAUUACGCCCUAUGAAUACUUUGGCUACUUUCGCAAAGUCCAUCCGAUGAGUCGACAUUUGCAUUUGGUAAAGGAACGCAUAUUCACUCAACAAUUGGCCUUCUAUGUGCGGCGACAUUCGCAUUUGGUUAGCGUACUCAACGAUCAGAUUCGUCAUGCCCAUGCCUAUGGUUUUCUCGAACACUGGACCCGCCGUUACGUCAGUGCCGUGGAUGAGACGGAUGAGAGUAUUGUACGUAUUACAUCGACUGUAUCAUAUAGUACCCUAGAUGGCAUCGAUGGUGAACCGCAAGUAUCCGAGAAUGAUGAUGAUGAUGAUGAUGAUGAUGCCGCCGACCUAGCUCCAUCUGCUCAUCCCGUAAAGCUAAUGGUUCUCUCAAUGCAAGAGUUGGCAGCUUUGUUUUGGCUUACCCUAUGGGCGUUACUUGGUGCCAUUUUGGUCUUUGUCAUUGAAUUAUUCUUACAUUUCAUACAACGGAAAGUAAAACUUUAA